AUCCACACCCAAGACUUGAAUUAGACUAUUGUGUUGAGUCUUUGCAGGUGCCAUGUGUAGCAGAAAGGACAUUCAUCCCUUGGCCACACUGAUCGGGCCAGUAUAGUAUAAAAGACAGCACCCAUUUCAGCAUUAUGAUCGCGCUUCAUGCACACACACUUCUGGGUUCUCUUCUGUGCCUCUCCUCUUGCUGUUGCAGCGUUCCCUGGUGUGUGACGCAGUGACGUACUGUAAGCUCACCUGUGCAGGUCUCCGUCUGCGUUUCCUCCCGCAUCCGUCCCACCAAUCCUCUCUUUUAUUGAGCUUUGAAUUUGACACCGGUGCUUUAGACCCGCCUACCAUCAUCGCAAAGACUUCCUAGGAAUCUUCCUGGAAUGGUUGCGCUACAUUUUAAACAACAAUGCAGGUCUCUGAUGAAAGACUGAAAACUGAUUGGUUAUUAAACAGAAGGAAGACGAAAUAUCUUCAGCUGCUGAGUGACCAGCAGUUUGUCCUCCAUGAGCACAGGAUCACAAAGGAGAUUGAUCUGAACUUCAAUCCAGUGUAGGAGCUGCUCCCUCAAAUUACCACAGCCUCUAUUCUUGAUUGGCUUUGAACAUUCAGUUAAAUACACCAGGACAGAGUAUGGAAACCGCACCUUCUCACAGAAUCCUGCGACCCCUUCUGCUCAGUAUUUUUUUGCUGGGAUGUUUUGUGAUUCUCUUUUUGAUGUAUUUUAAACCAACUAUAAGCUGGUUACCAGGUCCUGUAGAGUCAACAGUAUUCAGAGAACCUGGCCUGAACCUCUUCCCCAACAAGAGUGAUAAAAAUGUUACCAUUGUGCUGAUCUGGAGCUGGCCUUUUGGAAAAGAGUAUGACCUGAGCAUUUGCAGCUCAGUCUUCAACACUGACGGCUGUUUCAUCACAGCAGACAGGAACCUCUACAGUAAGGCAGAUGGGGUCAUCAUUCACCACCGAGACAUCAGCACUGACCUGUCCAAUCUCCCACGGCUCCAGCGACCAUCAUUCCAGAAGUGGAUAUGGAUGAAUGCAGAGUCGCCAUCACACUCAUCCCAGCUCCCUGGAUUAGACAACCUGUUCAAUCUGACUGUCAAUUAUCGUCAGGAUGCUGACAUUACAGUGCCUUAUGGGUACAUUAUACCAGCAGAGGGUGAGGAGGAUUUUAUCCCACCAGAGAAAAACAAGCUGGUUUGCUGGAUUGUGAGCAACUGGAACCAGAGCUACAUACGGGUGAAAUAUUACAAUGAACUGCAAAAAUACAUGGAGAUUCACACAUAUGGACAAGCCUUCGAGAACCCCAUCUCUGACCAAGAUAUUUUACCCACCAUUGCCAGCUGCAAGUUCUAUCUGGCAUUUGAGAACUCCAUCCACAAGGACUACAUUACUGAGAAACUGUACAACCCGCUGUCAGUGGGGACAGUGCCAGUGGUUCUUGGCCCACCCAGACAGAAUUAUGAGAACUUUAUCCAGGGAAACGCCUUCAUUCAUGUGGAGGACUUCACCUCACCCAAGGAGCUGGCUGAUUACCUGCUGCUCCUGGACAAGGAUGAGAAAAUGUACCUCAGGUACUUUGAGUGGCGGCGGCACUUCAAAGCAAAGCAAAGCUCUUUUGGGGCUGAGCACAUGUGCCUGUCCUGUGAUUACUUGCGUAGGCAUACGGAGUACAAGGUAUUCAAUAAUCUUAACAAGUGGUACUGGGGUGGCUAGUGCUUUUUAGGGUUGUGUGGUUCUUGUUAUGCUGUUGAAGAAACUGUUUUAAGAUGUUUGUCCUUCAGUUAACACAAAGGUUCAUUGCUGAUCUGUCCAGAGCAGCUGAAUGGUAAUUUUCUGUUGGUUAAGUGGCCCAAUGAGAUGUCUCACUUCUCAUUCUGUCUUCUUUGAAUUUUGGUUGCCAUGAAAUUUUGUUGAGCCUUACUUUUCCUUUUGAAUUAUCCAUUUAUAAUUUUUCUUUAUUUAUGUAUCUGCUCAUCAGAUAACACUGAUGAUGCAAGUUUUUAUUAUCUGCUGUUCAUUCUGCUCCUCAGGGCACUUGAAUGCAUACCUGGCUGGCUGUGUCAGCAAGGAAAGUAGAAAGAGGGGCCAGGGUGUGUGCAGUCUAGCAGAAUUAUAAAAAUAAUUUUGUUGGGUAUUACAUGCUUUUAAUCAGGAAUUGAUGCCAAGGGCCAACUUUAAAAUGUAAAAUUACAAGUAUAAAAAAUAUAAAUAAUAAAAGACAAAAAACUGUGGUGGAAAAACAAGGUGUUAGAGCACCACCUAGCGUCUUUCUGUGCACCCGUCUCACAACUGGCCUACUAAUGCAGACUGCAACCUCCCUUGUUGACAUCAGUGAAAACAUAGGUGUUUAUUUUCUUUUCAUGCCUUCAUGUGUGCUCACUCUGUUCUGGGUGUUAUGUUGUUAAAAUUUUUUAUGCUAAUAAAGCCAUUUAACAUGUUUAAUAGCAUAAGCAAUUACAAUUAUAGAUACAAUUAUAUUGUAGUGGAAAUUGUAUUACUCUGUCAAAAUGAAGAACUACAAAGUGAAAGAAAUUAGUUUUUAUGAAGCUUUAAAUAUACUCAUGGUAAAUGUUUGCCCUUACAUCACACAUUUAUUUGCCUGAGAAAAUUUGUCUUAGACUGGAAAAUAAAUGUAACUGAUUAAAAUACUCUAGUACAUAAUGUUUGGUUUCAGCCAAGAACAGUUCGUUUGGGGUAUGUCUCUAACAGAUUAUCCAUAACACACCCAAGUACUCUGUUUCGGGAACUGAUGGAGACUGCACAAAUGAUAAAAGGAGACUCCGAGGUCAUCUCAGGAAGCAGCUGCUGAAGGUCUCUGUUUUCCACAUUUUGUUUUGUGUAAUGAUGUAACCAAGAUUGAUAAGCGGUGACUAUAUGAAAUCCUGAGAUGAAGAAGAGUGUGUGAGCACUUCAUGUCAUAUCCAGUAACACACUGGGCACGCCGUGCAGUUCUGUCCCAGAUUACUCUGUAAAUUGUGUGACAAAUGGC